UUGAUAUAUCUAAUAUUAAUCGCCGUAAAAGUACUUAACGUGAAAUAUAAUCUAGGAAGAAACAGACGCACAGCCCUUAUCUGCAGCUGCGGCGGGCGUUAGGACGCACGGGGCCUGAUGGCGGUGUGACCCGCACGCCGCCGCCCCGCCCCGCGGCGUAACCCGGCCGAUUUGAACGGUCUGCCAGCGUAUCGAGGUGGGAAGAUGGCGAGCAUUGGGGCAGACGGCGGGCCUAGCCAGCUGUGCCAGUAAACACCAGCCAUUUUUUUUGUUUUCAUCCUUUGGCGUUAGCGGUUUAUCGGUAAUUCGACGGCUAGGGGACAGGAAAGAAGAGGAUGAAGCUGCGGCCUCGGAAGGUGGCGCGGACGCCGCGCUGUAGUACUUUCAGGAAGGCAGCAGCGAGCGCCGAGCGGCGGCGGAGGAGAGUGAGGGUGAGCCCGGAGGGACCAAUCCCCGGCCGGCGACUGGACAAGAAAAAAGCAGCUGCAGUGGUUUCCACGGAUUGUAGCGAAAAUGAUGUCCCAAUUGUCACACAGCACUCGAUUUUGCAGGCAAGACCCAAGAGAAAGGCUUCGCCAGUAGGUGAAAGCAAAGGUGUGAAGUUUUCUGAAGAGGAUCUCUUGAAUCCAGACCUGUGUUUCUUUGGGUAUGACACAUUCUGCCUGAUUAGUAAAGAGGAACCAGCCAGAGUAUUUAACCCUUACACUUUCAUCAAGAACAUUCCGUCACAGUCCCAGUUGUCGAAACUGAGUGUCCGGGAAAUACCAGUGAAGACGAGGAGUACGCCUGAGGCCACGCUUGUCUUGGAUCUGGAGGAAACGCUUGUGUACAGCUCGCUCAGUAUUAUCGAGGAUGCAGAGUACACCUUCCACACACAUUUUCAGGAUCACAAGUACGAAGUCUUUCUUAUCCUGAGACCACAUGUCAAAGAAUUUCUGCAGAGAAUGUCAGAACUCUUUGAGAUAUUUGUGUAUACGUCUGCGAAGAGAGAGUAUGCAGAGAAGAUCCUGGAGACGCUCGACCCCGACAGACGGCUCUUCAGACAUCGUUUGUACCGGGAGGAUUGUUUAUGCGUGUAUGGUCACUAUGUGAAGGACCUCAGCAUAUUGGAGAGGGAUUUGGCAAAGACGGUCAUUCUGGACAACGCUCCACACACAUUCCCUUAUCAUGUGAUGAACAUGAUCCCCAUUAAGGGCUGGGUGGGGGAGAAGGACGACAGGGAGCUGCAGAAGCUCAUCCCGUACCUCACCAAGCUGGCAGAAGCUGAUGAUUUUCGGCAUGUGCUGAAGAAAAGGUUGGACCAUUUGCAUCGACUGCUCUCCGAAGAUUGACACUGUCUCUGGCUCGGCCCUUGUUCCUUAUUACACUGGUCCUACAUUACUGGUAUGAACAUUACUGCAAGAAGAUCGACACUGGGAGAAGAUCACCACCAUGCGACAGCUUUUGGAGGGCUAAAGCGCCUGAAUGUCUGGCUUCUUUGAGGAUUUCUGUGUUUUCUAAAUACUUGCGCUGUCAGUAUACUACUUGUGCGCAUGGUUGUGCAAGGUUUAUGCACCAAGUGUUUUUAAUUUGUAUAAAUCUGAGAAUUACUUGAAUUUCACAUGAGCAAGAAGUUGUCUCUUGGUCAGAUUGCAGUAGUUUUAAAGUCGUUUUAAUUGCAAGCUGAUUUGAUGUAUUUUGAUUUCUACUUUUUUAAGCUUAAACCUUUGAACAGUGUAGCCAAAGAGGUUCUCCAUUUCAGCAUUUGAAAAUCAAUUUCUGUUAUUACAAUAAGCAGAUUGUGUAAUUGCAAUGAUUAUGUUCUGACAAAUAAACGAUAUAUCCCAUA